CUCAUUCAUCCUCUUUCUGUUUGAAAACUGGAACGUAUUUUCUGUGCUUAGGUCAACUCAUGAACAUGCCUGUGUACACCAAGCUACCAAAAGAGCUGGUAGAGAUUUUUGAAACUCCCAGUGAUGAAGAGGAGGAAUUCAAAGGCUUUAGGAGCUCUUUGGAAAUGGAAACCUCAUCAUCUGAAGACAGCAGAGACAGCUUCCAGUCAGGCGAGCUGGGAAAGAGGAACAUACAUUUUCAGUCCAAGUAUAUCACAGAUGAAUUAAAGAAAAUUUUCACAGAGGACACAGAAACAGAAGAUGAGGAGUUUGAAGGAUUUGUGGAGCCCAGUUUUGAGUUGAACAAAAGGAUGAAGUCUAUGUCCAUGCAUCCAAAUAAAGGUGGUGAGGAAGAUGGUUUCUCUUCAGAUGAAGACCAAAUUGCCACCCGCAAAAAACGAAGUUCUGGUCUUUGUGUGGCUUUUCGUUUUCCACUCAAGAAGUCUUUAGGGAAGCAGACAAGCUUGGUAAAGCAUGAACUAUCAGACUCUGAAUCUGAAAAGGAGCGAAAUGGACUUCAGAGAAGUCGAACAAAGCUGGGAAGAUGUGGGCCUAGCUCUGAUUCAGAGUGUGAGGAGGGAUCAAGCGUUGUUGCUGGCCAGUCAAAGGCUUUAGAAAAACGAGCCAAGAAUAUUAAAGAAAACAAAGAAAUGCUUGCUAAACUAUUGGCUGAAUUGAAUUCAGUGCCAGGUUUUUUCCCUCUGAAGUCAAACAGUGUAACUACCCCUAAACAGAAAAAAUCCCCCAAAAAAACAUCUGUGGAAGGACAGAGUGGUCGUCGCAACCCCUCGCGUAGUGCUCGGCCUCCUGAGCGGUUUGGUGUCGAGUGCUUUUCAGUGUCUCCCACUAAGCUGAUGGAGCGGCUUAAUUCUAUUGGCAAAAGGGCUACUUUACAGAAAAAGCUGCUGGAGAUGAGCGAUUUGGAGAACAGUAGGAGUCCCAGAAGGAGGUCAUCCAAGCAUGGUGUUUCACGUUCUGUGACAGACAUCACCGAAGAAGAAUUAGAAAAUGUUGCAAUUACCAGUAAAGAUAAGCUGUAUGACAAAAUUAAUGGAAGCACUUGCCAUCAAUGCAGACAGAAGACCAUAGAUACCAAAACAGUGUGUCGCAACCCUGACUGCUGGGGAGUUAGAGGACAGUUCUGUGGCCCAUGUCUUCGCAAUCGUUACGGUGAAGAUGUACGAGCUGCGCUGCUAGAUGCACUCUGGGUUUGCCCCCCGUGUAGGGGCAUAUGCAACUGUAGUUUCUGUCGUAAGCGAGAUGGUAGGUGCGCUACGGGGAUCCUCAUUCAUAUGGCCAAGUUCUAUGGUUACAACAAUGUGAAGGAGUAUCUGGAAAGCCUUCAGAAGCAGCUCUCCAGUGGACACGAGCUUUCCGAAUGAGGACACCUUCAAUGCAAUUAUUCCAGGAGCUGGACUGAAACAAAUCGGAAAAGUUAGCGGUUUGCAAGCUUCACAGUUUGAAACCUUUUCUUUAAAAUAUGUGUUUUAUAAAAAUUUCUGCACUGUAAGCCUGUAAACAGUUUUGCUGCUUUAGUAAGAAUUAGGAUAAAUAGUCCUUUUAUAAUUUCUAAAUCUUACAAAAAAUGUUAAAUUGCCUUUACUUUCAACUUCAGCACAACCCUAACAUAUGUCUCUGUUAAUCAUAUCAUGAUUGUUAAAAGUAAGUCUGUUUUAUAACACUGUAAAAACUUUUAAAAUGUGUAUAUGCACCGUGUUUGUUAGUUGUAUAUGCCAAGGAUCUGGAGGUUUGAUUUUCCUUUCUCCCAGUUUAUGCCCACUUAUGGUGCUUUGAUCAGUCUGAUAUUCUUUUAUUUGGCAAGCCUGUGUAAUCAAGCCAUGUUUUCGAAAACGUUUUAUAAACAUUUUAAAAUAAAAGAUUUUAUUUUUCA